AUGGCCACUAGGAUAUCAGUAGGAGAGGAAGGUUCGUCGUCCUCCUCGCACUCCUUCAGCGACCAACCGCCGCCGCGAGCGCAUCAGCGGCGCCCCGAUCACGAUGCCGGCGAGGAAGACGGCGACGAUGACGACCUUGAUCUUUUCUCCGCGCCCCAAGAUGGCGAUCUCCUCGGGGACGACCCAAUGAGCGAGCCCAUGAGCUUCAAGAGGAAACAAAAGCAGAACAAGACGGUACUGUCACGCCCGAGCCGCUUGCUCUCGGCGAUCACAGGCAACCGCCUCGGUACACCCCCUCGAUCGCCGAACAUGUCGGGUGGUAACACGCCAACCCGCCUACAGGGGCUCGGCAUCGAUACCCCGACGCGCAGUCAGACAGGAGGAAGCAUAAUCAACGGAUCAAAAGAUGGAAUACCCUUGGACUGGUAUGUGGAAGGGCCUGGGCGACGAGUAGGCUACGAAGAUCUUACGGCCAUUGACUGGAGCUUUGAGUAUACAAAAGAAAGACAGCGAUUACGAGUAUUGUACUCCAGUGCCACUGGGUUGGUGGGUUACAUACAACAACUUCUCGACGCAUCCCAGAUAUGGUUCAUUCUUGUUUUCACUGGCAUUGCCGUUGGCGCACUCGCUGCAGGCAUCGAUAUUGCAUCCGACUGGCUCGCCGAUCUAAAAUCAGGAUAUUGCGCGUCCGGGCCAGACGGCGGCGCCUUUUACUUGAACCGGAAUUUCUGCUGUUAUGGAUACGACCAGGGCGCAAACUGUGUAGGCUGGAAACCUUGGGCCACAGCGUUGGGUAUUACCAGCGCUGGCGGCAAGUGGUUCAUUGAAUACUUCUUCUUCCUCAUGCUUUCAGUCACUUUUGCCCUGUGCGCGGGAGUCUUGGUCAAGGAAUACGCGAUUUAUGCCAAGCAUAGUGGAAUUCCCGAGAUCAAGACCAUGCUGGGAGGAUUCGUUAUCAGGAGAUUUCUUGGUGGUUGGACAUUGCUGAUAAAGAGUUUGGGCUUGGCCCUUGCUGUUGCGUCUGGCAUGUGGUUAGGGAAAGAAGGUCCACUGGUCCACGUAGCUUGUUGUUGUGCAAAUCUACUCAUCAAGCUUUUCCCCAGUGUCAACGACAACGAGGCCCGAAAGCGCGAGGUUAUCUCGGCAGCCGCGGCAUCUGGCAUCUCUGUUGCUUUUGGAGCCCCUAUUGGAGGUGUGCUCUUCAGUCUCGAGCAACUUUCAUACUACUUUCCCGACAAGACCAUGUGGCAGUCAUUUGUCUGUGCCAUGACUGCGGCCGUGAUGCUGCAAGCCUUUGACCCAUUCCGUUCUGGCAAGCUCGUCUUGUUUCAAGUCAAGUAUGGAUCUGGCUGGCAUGGGUUUGAAAUGAUCCCAUUUGCACUGAUAGGCAUCAUGGGCGGCAUCUAUGGCGGUCUGUUCAUCAAAACCAACAUGGCCGUGGCCCGUUGGAAAAAGUCAACCACUUGGCCUCUCCCAGGUCCACUAACCCAAGUCGUACUCGUUGCGCUGCUCACAGCGCUUAUCAAUUACCCAAAUCAUUAUAUGCGAGCACAAUCGUCGGAGAUUGUCUCUUCGCUGCUUUCAGACUGCACGCAGGUUCUCGAUGAUCCAUUUGGACUUUGCAAAACCGGUAUAGCGACAGCCGGUACCAUUGUUCUUCUCCUCUUUGCUGCCGUGCUUGGAUUUUUCUUGGCUUCCAUCACGUUUGGUCUGCAAAUACCCGCUGGUAUCAUCUUGCCCAGCAUGGCCAUUGGCGCACUCAGUGGUAGAGCUGUGGGUAUCAUCAUGGAGAUUUGGCAACACAAUCAUCCAGGCUUCAUCGCAUUCAGUAAAUGCGAACCCGAUGUCCCGUGCAUCACACCAGGUGUGUAUGCCAUUAUCGGUGCUGCCGCGACACUUGCGGGCGUCACUCGCAUGACUGUCAGCAUUGUUGUCAUUACCUUUGAGCUCACGGGCGCGUUGACCUAUGUCUUGCCCAUCAUGAUUGCUGUCAUGUUGUCGGUAUGGGUUGGCGAUGCGUUUUCUCGCCGCGGAAUCUAUGAAUCGUGGAUACAUUUCAAUGGAUAUCCCUUUCUUGAUUCAGGUGAUGACGGGCAUGGUGCUCAGAGCGUCCCGGAUAUCCCGGCCGGCCAAAUUAUGACACGCAUCGAGGAUCUAGUCGUGCUCACGGCCACCGGUCACACCAUUGCCUCUCUUCGUAAUGUCUUGGAGUCGUGUGAAUAUCGCGGCUUCCCAGUGAUAUCGGAUCCUCGAGAGGCGGUCCUCUUGGGUUAUAUUAGUCGUUCAGAGCUAGUUUACAAUCUCACCUCGGCAACAUCGCCACCCCGUAAUCUACCUCCGGAAACAGAAUGUUUCUUCUCGCACCAACCCCUCGCGGACCCGAGAAGCACGCUCGACCUCAGACCCUGGAUGGACCAGACGCCCCUCACCUUGCCGUCCCGCAGCUCCCUACACCUCGCCGUGACCUAUUUUCAAAAGCUGGGCGUGCGAUAUGUCCUCUUCACUGAGCGUGGCGAAUUGGUCGGGCUCCUCACCAAGAAAGACUGCUGGUUUGUCUUGAACGGGGCCGAAGAGUCACGGAAAGAUCGCCAGGGCCUGCAAGAGGACGGCAUCGGCGUCGGUGGACGACUGGGACGUACUAGAGAAGACGGUGAUACCGUGGAAGAGAGAGGGCUACUAGGCCGAGAAGGAGGAGACGCCGACGAGACUGCCAGCCCCAUUAUAGACCGAGAUGGAAUAUUAUGA